AUGUUCACAUUGAUCAGCGUGGCUGCAGCUUAUUCCAGACACAAUCAUCGACAUGAUCGAAUUGAGACCAAUGGAAUCGUAAGAGUUGAAAGGUGGGUUGAAAAAUCUCCAAUGAAAGUUCUUGAAGCUUCAGGAAAUACAGAUAUUAAAGAGUAUUACACAAAUAAUCCAGACUUCAUAUUGUCACUGCAAUCAACAUAUCCAAACAUUGAUGCUCAAGCCAUCAGCAACAAGAUGAAGUUUUCAUCACGAAGUAACACCGUCUACUACAAAAUCAACUUUGUUGGUGAAGCCACGAGCAAAGUCCGCACUAGCACAUUAGAUGGCACUCAAGUUGCUUUCCGGAAAGAAGACGGUGGUCUAUUUCAUAUUGUUGUUACUGAUUCACAUGCACGAGGUUCCGUUGAAGCAUGGGAAAUUGAGCAUGAAAGGAAAUAUGUUAAGAUUUUUGGCACCAAAAUACCCGAACAUCACCACAUCGAUCCAAGAUGGCGUCCUCUGAACCCUGACGAGAUCAAUCAAGUCAAGAACAUACUUCAAGAGAAGCUUGCGAAGUUUGAAAGUAAUCCUUUUUACUGA